AUGCUGCCACAACUAGCCGGCCACCUUCUCUUCUUCCUCGCAACCACCUCUCUCCUACCAUCCACAGCUUCUGCUGAUACGGCAAACUGGCUGUUCCCAGCUUAUGUGCAAAAUGCCCCUCCGAUCACGUUGGAAAGCCAAGACACAAUGGAUGCAUCUUGGACGAGCGAGUUCGUGGCGCCCGUGCUCGUCAUGUUCUGCCAGACCGGUAAUGACGGCGAUUUUUCUAUCAACUUCGAAUCCCCCAUACCUGUACUGCCGAACGGAUCCUAUGCAAUCCCCCUCAAUUCGGUGCAGGACACCGACUCAGGAUGUCACCUGAAUCUGAAUGAGACAAACGGGCCCCUCAUGGGCACCGCCAAUAGCUCCAAUAGUGGAAAUUUUCUCGUCAACGUGCAAUCUGAUCGUUCGGCAACUACAUGGUCGACGUCAAUCGCGGCAGCUACCACAUCCUCCUCCAUAUCGACAUCGACAUCGACACCCACUACAAUAUCAGCUUCCACAUCCUCUUCGUCGUCAGGAACACCAAGUGCGGCAGCUGCAACAGCAACGGGCAAGUCAGCCAGCCCGCAGCCAAACAACGGUCUCAGCAGCGGGGCAAAAGCAGGCAUAGGUGUCGGAGUUUCCCUGGGCGUCCUCGCGCUCAUAUCAGCUGGCCUGCUCCUCUGGGCGCGAGCACGCAGGAAGCAGCGACAGAUUCCGCCUCCAAAAUCGCAAAAGCAAGAAUAUGCUGGAACUUAUGCCAGCGAAGUGGACGGCAACCAUAUACCUUCGGAAAUGGAUGGAAGAAACUUGCAGGAAGAAAAGGACGGUUUCCCCAUCGCAAGGAGGCAGACCGCUGGAGAGUUGGAAGCGGAUCCGGCACGAUAA